UUAUUUUGAAACAGACAAGACGAUGAAUGGACGAAAGACAAAUCCUCGUUUCGUCGUCUGCGAAAGCAUCUCGGAGAGAAAGAUACAGUCGUUUUCUAAAAACGUGUUCUGGCAUAAGUUACUUAUUGGGUUCUAACUUUUUUACACUUUCUGCUAUGUCGGACUUCUUGUUUGUCAAAAAAAAAAAAAAAACAGUUACUGUAAUGAAAGUAGAUGUAAUAAAACUGAAAAAUGAAAGUAAGAGGAAAUGUUGAACAUGAGUGCACGCAUUAGGUGAAACAUAGUGUGUGGUCCUUUAUAUAUGAGAACUGGGUCCAUCUGAGUUUUUGCAUAAAGACAGCGAUAUCUAUCCUCCCAGGCUUCCGCAUUAUCGCUCAUUUGCAGCCUCAGAAACAUGAUUGUUUGAAAAAAACAUACCAUAGGUUAGGUUCAGUGCAGUUCCAAUUCAUUACUCUAAAGAAACGAUAUGGAGAGGCCAAGAGCCCCUCCUUCUCCCUCCACCGAUUUGGAGCCAUUAAGUGAACGCAGGUCCCUUGAGGUCUUCAACCCCUCGAGUGGAUCUUCUUCUUCAUCAAAGCCUUACGAUGGAAACAGCAAAAUCAGCAGCAGCAGUAAGUGGAUGGAGUUUCAAGACUCUGCAAAGAUAACUGAGAGAACUGCUGAGUGGGGAUUAUCAGCUGUUAAGCCGGAGCCAGGAGAAAAUGGCAUUAGCUUCAAGCUGUCUACUGAAGUUGAACGAAGCAAGAUGUCUAGGAGGUCAUCAGAAGAAUCAACGUCCUCUGAAUCUGGAGCCUUCCCUAGAGUAUCCCAGGAGCUCAAAACCGCUCUUUCCACCUUGCAGCAGACCUUUGUUGUCUCUGACGCUACACAGCCACACUGUCCCAUAGUGUAUGCCAGCAGUGGAUUCUUCACCAUGACUGGUUACACUUCCAAGGAAAUUGUUGGAAGAAACUGCCUGUUUCUGCAAGGGCCUGAAACAGACCAGAAAGAGGUUGCUAAAAUCAGAGAUUGUGUGAAGAACGGAAAGAGUUACUGUGGAAGGAUCUUAAACUACAAAAAGGACGGAACUCCCUUCUGGAAUCUUCUCACAAUCACUCCUAUUAAGGAUGACCAAGGCAACACCAUCAAGUUCAUUGGGAUGCAGGUUGAAGUAAGCAAAUACACAGAAGGCGUGAACGAUAAAGCAUUGAGGCCUAAUGGACUCUCCAAGUCCCUGAUCCGAUAUGAUGCUCGCCAGAAGGAGAAAGCUUUGGAUUCCAUGACAGAGGUCGUGCAAACAAUAAAACACCGCAAGUCUCAAGUGAGAGACUCCGUGAGCAAUGAUGUUAUGGUUAAGCCAGGCAGUGCUACUACUACACCUGGUAGACAAGCUAUACAAUCAGACGAGGCUUCAAAGUCAGCCAAAACACCUGAACGUGUUUCUACUCCAGCGAGGUCAAGGAGCAAAUCGCUUAGCUCGAAUAAAAGACAUGAAGAUGUUCCUAGUGUGGAACCUGAAGAACUGAUGUUGAGCACAGAAGUUAUAGAGCCGAGAGACAGCUGGGACCGUUCAGAAAGAGAGAAGGAUAUACGCCAAGGGAUUGAUCUUGCCACCACUCUUGAGCGCAUAGAGAAGAAUUUCGUCAUCAGUGAUCCUCGUCUUCCUGAUAAUCCCAUUAUAUUUGCAUCAGACAGCUUUCUCGAACUGACAGAGUAUACACGUGAGGAAAUUUUGGGAAGGAACUGUCGGUUUCUUCAGGGGCCAGAGACAGAUCAGUCAACUGUCCAGAAGAUAAGAGACGCAAUUAGAGAUCAAAGGGAGAUAACUGUACAGUUGAUUAACUACACUAAGAGCGGAAAGAAGUUUUGGAACUUAUUCCACUUGCAACCUAUGCGUGAUCAGAAGGGAGAGCUUCAAUACUUCAUAGGUGUGCAGCUUGAUGGAAGUGACCAUGUGGAACCCAUCCGAAACCGUUUGUCUGAGGGAACAGAGAUGCAGAGUUCUAAACUGGUACGUGGUUCAUCUCCUACUGCGGUUUUAAAGAAGGCUCUCACAUUGGUCACAAUCCAGGUGAAAGCUACAGCAACAAAUGUAAAUGAAGCUGUCAGAGAACUUCCAGAUGCUAAUAUGACGCCGGAAGACCUAUGGGCUGCACACUCAAAGCCUGUCUAUCCCAUGCCUCACAAAAAGGAGAGUGCUUCCUGGAAAGCAAUACAAAAGAUCCAAGCGGGUGGAGAAACAGUGGGACUACAUCAUUUCAAGCCAGUAAAACCUUUGGGGUCUGGUGAUACUGGCAGUGUCCAUUUGGUUGAACUUAAAGGCACAGGAGAGUUGUAUGCCAUGAAGGCAAUGGAGAAAACCAUGAUGUUGAAUCGUAACAAGGCUCACAGAGCACGCAUCGAAAGGGAAAUCAUUUCCCUUCUGGAUCAUCCUUUCCUUCCCACUCUCUACGCAUCCUUUCAGACAUCUACGCAUGUUUGUUUGAUUACAGACUUCUGCCCCGGUGGAGAGUUGUUUGCAUUGCUUGAUAGACAACCCAUGAAGUUUUUGUCGGAGGAUUCAGCAAGGUUCUAUGCAGCAGAGGUCGUUAUUGGCUUAGAAUAUCUUCAUUGCUUAGGAAUAGUAUACCGAGACCUGAAGCCUGAAAACAUACUGCUUAAGAAGGAUGGACACAUUGUAUUAGCAGACUUUGAUCUCUCAUUCAUGACGUCCUGCACACCCCAGCUUAUUGUUCCACCUGCACCUAAUAAACGAAGGAGAUCAUCGUCAUCCAAGAGUCGGCCAUUACCAACAUUUGUUGCAGAACCAAUCACCAAGUCAAACUCUUUCGUUGGGACUGAAGAAUACAUUGCUCCUGAGAUUAUCACGGGUGCUGGUCAUACAAGUGCUAUAGAUUGGUGGGCACUAGGUAUCUUGUUGUAUGAGAUGCUCUAUGGUCGUACACCUUUCAGGGGUAAGAAUAGGCAGAAGACAUUUGCCAACAUCUUGCACAAAGAUCUCACCUUCCCCAGCAGUAUCCCUGUAAGUCUUGUAGGUAGACAGUUGAUCAACAUGUUACUAAAUAGAGAUCCUAGAAAACGGUUAGGUACCAAAGGUGGAGCAAAUGAGAUAAAGCAGCAUGCUUUCUUCCGCGGGAUCAAUUGGCCUCUCAUACGGGACAUGGACUCUCCACCAUUGGAUGUACCAUUGCGUAUAAUAGAGAAAGAUCCAAAAGCCAAAGAUAUAAAGUGGGAAGAUGAUGGGGUGCUUGUUAAUUCUAUGGACAUUGACAUUGAUCUCUUUUAAACAACCACUCUUCCUUUCUUCUGCUUGCCUUUGAAUCUCCUUUUACUGCAAAACUCUUCCUUCUCAAUAAAACAAAGGUGUUGUAUUCUCUAGUUGCUUACAUGUAGUAUAUAGUGCACUCAAACAUAAAUGACUCUUUCAUGUUCACACUAAGAUCUUCAAAUGAUCAACAAAUAGAACAUACA